CAAAAAAACUCUAACGGAGGAUGAAGCGUUUUUCUUUGAUAAUUGUUAUCGCCAUUAUGGGAACUGCUUUAGCAGUGUUCCCUCCUAUUCCGGAAUUAUCGGAAGACGUAGCACACACAGAAGAUGACGGAGAAGUAUUCUCAGCUACUGAAGCUACAGACCACAUUUCAAGUGAACAACCCAUUGAAAGCGAUGACUUCACCACAGAAGAGAGUGAACCUCUGGAUGUGAUUGAAACAAGACAAUCUCGGUCACCGUUGGUCUCCGUGUACCUACGAAAAACAAAAUUGAAUCCGAAAUUAGCAGGUAGUAACGCGACCAUUGCAAAUAAUUCUGUUGGUACCGAAGAGAUUGCUCCAGCUGCCGAAAUAACUCCGGCAAAGAUAAAGGAGUUUGGCAGUAGGGAUGAAGUAUCACGACCAAAUUAUGCUUUUGUCAUGGCACCGGGACCGUAUUUCGGUCCCAUGCAACCAGGCAUGGAAAUAAACCCAGAAGAGGAAGACAAUAAAUUCUUCAACCUUGCUCAAAUGUUAAGCCCUCCUCGUAAACCUUACGUGCCUGGAACUCUGCGGCCAUACGCAAGACCUCGUCCGAAUUACGCCAACUUCAUGGGACCCCGGCCCUAUGGAUACCAAACAGGUUACGGACUCCAAACUGGUUAUGGAAUUCAAACUGGUUACAGACCUCAGACUGGUUACGGGUUCCAAUCGGCUUACGGACCUCCACCGGAUGAGGGAUACCGUUUGGGCAGCGGCUUUCCAGACGGCCUAGAAGAAAAUCCAGAUGAAGAAGAAGAAGAUAAUAAAUUUUUUAACCUUGCCGAAAUGUUGAGCCCUCCUAGACGUCCUUACGUACCCGGAAGUAUCCGACCCAAUCUCAGUCCUCGGCCAAAUUACGCCAGUUUCCUGGGUCCUCGUCCAGCCUACGGUUAUGGAUAUCGUCAAAGCGUAUACGGUAUGCAACCGAGCCCGUAUCCAUACUAUGCCAAUUUCGAUGAAAACUUUUAACUUCUAUUUGAAUACACACUCAGGGAGCCACUC